ACAACAGGAAGUUUUUGCCGGGGGGGCCUCGUUCGGAAAGUCUCACACACAGUUUGUUUGACAGUAUGCCAGACAUUGGCGGUUACCAUGAGCAGCUCCAGAGGGACUCCCAGUUCCUGUGCUCAGACCAGAGGAUGGACACUGAGCUGGUUGACAGGCUAGUGCUGCAGCUCAACAGGAUCUACCCCCAGACACUCACUGACAAGGAAGCCCAAAGGUUCAGGAACCUGAGGGUGCCCACCAAGGUGCGAUUAGCCGAGCUGCUGAAUCACCUGCACGAGAAGGGUGAGGACGCCUGUCAUGAAUUCUACAGGGGACUUCACAUCCAUGCUGAGCACGUCUACUCCAGCCUGCCCACCAGAGUCAGACAAAGAGAGAUGACAGACCCAAAAUUGUCUAACAAUGUGGCAGCCCAACCAGAGAAACAUGUGCUUAAUGACAGAGGACCGAUGUUUUUCCUGAGCUGUUUCAGUUUUGCAGUCGGUAUUGCAAUUCUCUACUAUUAUGGAGAGGGUGAGACAUUGAGAUGUACUGGCCCGUUCCUUCACUGCUCUGCAGCAAGACUUAGUCAAGAUGUUUUAAUUUCCUAUGCUGAGGUUGGAAAGCAUAAAAAAUAAGGCCAUAAAGGUGCUGAAGGUGCUGAAGUAGCCUUGCCUAAACGGGAUCCCUCGGGAUCAGUGAAGCUUCUAUCUAUCAUCUGUGAGAAGAACAAGCCAUGAAAUUUGCCAUUUUGCGGUGCCAAAAACACUUUGAGGGCUAUAAAGUUGUUUUUUUUUCCUGAAAUUGCAUGUAUUUGUAAGCACCAAUUGACUUGUUUUUUAAUCUCUUAAGUAGCUGAAAUUGACUCAAUCUGUCAUAAAUUCCCAUGGCUGACAUUUCUUUAUAUGAAAAACAUCAUGUUCUCUCAUAGUGCUUUUUGCUUUUAUAUACUGUGU